UCCUCUCACCUCUAUAUCUUGUUAAUUUCAUCUUUCCAAUCUCUUUUAUGGUGCUCCAUCCCCUGCUCUCUUUACACAACACUCAUAAACCCUAAAAAGCACACACACAUACACAAAACCCUUACACACACAUCAUUGGCUCUGUUUUUUCUUCUGGGUGAUUUCAUACUCCUGACACUUCGGUAGCUUUUAUUGCUCUCUGCUUGCCUUUUCUGAGUAAUAAAUUACUUAAAGCUUGAGCUUUAAAGAAAUGGCACCCAAGAAUGGACGUGGAAAGACCAAGGGAGAUAAGAAGAAGAAGGAAGAGAAGGUUCUCCCAGUUGUUGUGGAUAUAACUGUCAAUCUACCUGAUGAUACCCAUGUUAUACUAAAGGGAAUAUCAACCGAUAGAAUUAUAGAUAUUCGUCGACUAUUAUCAGUGAACACAAUAACAUGCAACAUCACCAACUUUUCAUUAUCUCACGAGGCAAGAGGCCCACGAUUGAAAGAUACAGUGGACGUUGCAGCACUAAAGCCCUGCACACUCAAUCUCAUAGAAGAGGACUACGAUGCUGAAACCGCCACAGCACAUGUGAGACGGUUAUUGGACAUCGUCGCUUGCACGACGUCGUUUGGACCAUCGCCGGUGAUCAAGGAGGAUUCCGGCAAGAAUCCGCCGGAAAACAAGGCGGCGAAGAAAGCGAACAAAGCGCAACAAAACCACAAGCGUUCUUCGACUGUGCAAACACCGGCUCCGCCACCGCAACAACCGCCGUCGAAAGAUGCUUCCGUUGACGGAGACGGAGAGCUCAGCAAUUCGAGUCCUAAGCUCGGAAGUUUCUACGAGUUUUUCUCUCUAUCGCAUCUCACUCCUCCGAUACAGUAUGUAAGGAGGGUAACAAGGCAAACAGAAGAUGAGAGUUUGAUUGAGGAUUAUCUUUUCUCACUUGAAGUGAAGUUGUGCCAUGGAAAGCCGGUUCAUGUUGAAGUUUGUAGAAAUGGAUUCUGGAGCAAUGGGAAGCAGAGGAUUUUAUGUCAUAACCUUGUUGAUUUGUUGCGGCGACUUAGUCGAGCGUUUGAUAAUGCUUACGAAGAACUCAUUAAAGCAUUCAUUGAAAGGAACAAGUUUGGGAAUCUUCCUUAUGGUUUCAGAGCCAACACAUGGCUCAUACCGCCUGUUGCAGCACAAGUACCUUCAGUUUUCCCACCACUUCCUGCAGAAGAUGAGAGUUGGGGCGGAAACGGGGGCGGUUUAGGAAGAGGUGGAAAAAGUGAUAUGCAUCCAUGGGCUAGUGAAUUCAUGUAUGUUGCAUCUAUGCCUUGCAAGACAGCAGAAGAUAGACAGAUUCGAGACAGAAAAGCAUUCCUAUUGCAUAGCUUGUUUGUUGAUGUUGCCAUUUUCAAAGCGAUUUCUGCCAUUCAACACAUAAUGGAAAACCUCAAGUCAAAUUGUUCUGAUCUAAGUGGCGAUGCUAUACUUACAGAGAGAAUUGGGGACUUAAGAAUCACUGUCUUCAAAGAUUUUCCUGAUGCUAGCUGCAAAGUGGAUACAAAAAUUGAUGGAUCCCAAGCAACUGGGGUGGAGAAAGAGAGCUUGGUGGAGAGAAACCUACUUAAAGGGAUCACUGCUGAUGAGAACACUGCUGCUCAUGAUAUUGCUACUCUAGGUGUAGUCAACUUAAGGUAUUGUGGUUAUACUGCUGUUGUAAAAGUCGAGGAGAGAGAAGUUGACAAGAAAGUUUCUCCAUUGCCAUACAUUGAGCUUUUAGAUCAGCCUGAUGGUGGAGCCUGUGCCCUCAAUAUCAACAGUUUGAGGUUGUUGCUACACAAAAAAACUUCACAACACAAUAACGUCCUCCCUAAUUUAAAAAGAUCCGGAAGUGAAGAGCUCGCUUCCCGAGGUCUUGUUGAGAGGCUAAUAAAGGAGAGUCUACAUAAGCUCCAAGAAGAGUGUGUAGGAACCGACAACUUUACAAGAUGGGAACUUGGAGCUUGCUGGAUACAACAUUUGCAAGACCAAAAGAAAACAGAAAAAGACAAGAAAGUUUCCACUAAAAAAGGGAAGAAUGAGAUGAAAGUUGAAGGGCUUGGGACACCUCUUAGGUCCCUCAAGAACAAGAAAAAAGAUUCAGAGGGAAGCAAUAUAGAAUCGAUAGUUGCUGAUGUUAAUGGGGAAGUAGAGAAUUCUGUGUUAGAUUUUGCAGAAUCCCAGCUGGAGGCUAAUGCAACUGAAAAUGAGGCUGCUUUAAAAAAAUUGUUAUCUGAUGCUGCUUUUACUCGGCUUAAAGAGUCAGAUACAGGACUCCAUCGCAAGUCUUUGCUGGAGCUGAUUGACCAAUCUCAAAAAUAUUACAAUGAAGUUGCUUUAACAAAAUUGGUUGCAGAUUUUGGUUCAUUGGAACUAUCACCAGUUGAUGGGCGAACUUUAACUGAUUUUAUGCACACACGAGGUCUCCGCAUGCGUUCUCUAGGACAAGUGGUUAAGCUUUCAGAAAAAUUAUCACAUGUGCAAUCUCUGUGCAUACAUGAAAUGAUAGUACGAGCUUUUAAGCACAUUCUACAAGCAGUGAUUGCUGUUGUUUCUAAAGCAGAGGAAAUGGCUGAUGCAAUUGCAGCUGCAUUGAAUCUUAUGCUUGGGGUUCCAGAAAGCGAGCAGGCUGUUGAUUCACUAACAAGAACAUGGCUUGAUGUUUUCUUAAAGAAGAGAUACGACUGGGAUCUUUCCACCUUUAACUACACAGAACUCAGAAAAAUUGCUAUAUUACGUGGCUUAUGUCAUAAGGUUGGGGUUGAGCUGGUUCCAAGAGAUUUUGAUAUGAAUACUCCCAACCCUUUCAAAAAAGAGGACAUCAUCAGCUUAGUACCAGUGCAUAAGCAAGCAGCAUGUUCGUCUGCUGAUGGACGUCAACUUCUGGAAUCAUCAAAGACAGCUCUGGAUAAGGGAAAACUUGAAGAUGCAGUUAGCUAUGGAACAAAGGCUCUUGCAAAGCUAGUUGCAGUGUGUGGUCCCUAUCACCGAAUAACAGCAGGAGCUUACAGCCUCCUAGCCGUAGUUUUGUAUCAUACUGGGGACUUCAAUCAGGCCACAAUCUACCAACAAAAAGCUUUGGACAUCAAUGAGAGAGAAUUGGGAUUGGAUCAUCCAGAUACCAUGAAAAGUUAUGGAGAUCUUGCUGUCUUCUACUAUCGCCUUCAACAUACAGAGUUGGCUCUCAAGUAUGUAAAACGGGCAUUGUAUUUGCUACAUCUAACUUGUGGGGCAUCACAUCCAAAUACUGCUGCAACAUACAUUAAUGUAGCUAUGAUGGAAGAAGGCCUGGGAAACGUUCAUGUUGCCCUCAGAUAUCUCCAUAAAGCUCUCAAGUGCAACCAAAAAUUACUCGGCCCAGACCAUAUCCAGACUGCUGCUAGUUACCAUGCAAUAGCUAUUGCACUUUCUUUGAUGGAAGCUUACCCUCUUAGUGUCCAGCAUGAACAAACCACCUUGCAGAUACUACGUGCAAAGCUGGGUCCAGAUGAUUUACGCACACAGGAUGCUGCUGCAUGGCUCGAGUAUUUUGAAUCCAAAGCACUUGAACAACAAGAAGCUGCAAGAAACGGGACUCGGAAACCAGAUGCAUCCAUAGCUAGCAAAGGCCAUCUUAGUGUAUCGGAUUUGCUUGAUUAUAUUAAUCCAAGUCAUGAUGGCCAAGGGACUGAUGGUGUGGGUUUAAAAAGGAAAACCUAUAUUCAGAAGUUAAAGGGGAAAUCGUACCAGAACUCGGAGGUUACAAAUUCUGAUGACUCGUUAUCAAAAGAUCUUGUGAAAGAAGUUUCAGAUGAAGAGAAGCAAAAUCCAGCCCUUGAACAUGAACAUGACAUACAGGUGAAUGAAGAACCUGUUGACUCGGGCCCACCUGUCAAGGAAGAGCCCAUUGAUGAAAUUCCAAUUCCAAAACUGGAGAAAACUGCUGCACAAAACUUUGUUAUUGCCGAUGAUGUCUUUCCUGAAGGAGAAGAAGGAUGGCAAUCCGUUCAAAGGCCUAGAUCAGCAGGCUCACAUGGAAGGCGAUUAAGACAGAAGAAAGCGGCUUUCAACAAGGUUUAUAGUUAUCAAAAGAAAGAGUUACUGCAUGAAUCUGAAGAGAAAUUGAAGAAUAACUUUCAAAACGGUAAGUAUCACUUUGUGAAGAAACGAGCAAGUUAUGCUGAUUACCACACUGCGAAAGUUCCCUCUUCUAAUCAUAAAUUUGGAAGGAGAGUCGUCAAGGCAUUGACUUACAGAGUUAAGUCAGCGCCGGUAUCUACUCCAGAAGAAAUUAACACAAGUGGUAAAGAGGAAUCUAACUCUUCAGUUGAAGUCGGCCCCACACAAACGACAAAAGAAGUAGCUCUGGUCCCACCACAGAGAAGCUCUAUAGUUAGUAUCGGGAGAUCCCCUUCUUACAAAGAAGUAGCUCUGGCCCCACCAGGUAGCAUCUCCUUGUUGCAGUUUGAGUCUCAAAGUGAUACUCCUGAUGACAAGGAAAUUGAUGAUGGUAAAAAUGACGAUUUUACCAUUCCAAAAGAAAUUUCCGAGUCUGAAAUUAAGGAAGAGAAACUUGAGGUAGAAAGUUUGAAAGAUGAAAUACGAGAAACUCAUUUGAGUGAGUUAGUAGGAGACACACAUACAGAAACUGUACCUGAAAAUGUUGAGGGUGAUGAAAUAGUUGACAAAAGUGUCAUUGACAUACAACUUCCAUUAGUUUCAGAUCUAUCUGAGAAAGAUUCUUCUACAAAAGUUAGUUCUCCAACUUACGCUCAAGAACUCCCAAACAAGAAGUUAUCUGCAUCAGCUACACCAUUUAACCCAACAUCACAAGCUGUACGUGUUCCACCGAUCCCCAUGAACAUAGCUCUCCCACCUGGUCCCACCCCGUGGCAAAUGAACAUGAAUCUUCACCCGAGGCCCACCAAUGUCUUACCUGGAGUAAAUCCAAUGUGUUCGUCUCCCCACCAACCUUACCCCACACCCCCGGGAACCCCAAAUAUAAUCCACCCGUUGCCUCUUAUGUACUCUCCUCCUGGCCCACCUUAUACACAAGCUCCAUCCUUGCCUAUAACCACUGGUCCCUUCCAUCCCAAUCAUUUUGCAUAUAUGGGUGCUAACGGGUUACAGUAUGUUACUGGCCCAGUUUGGCCCAAUGGCCAUCCGAUGGAAUUCUCCAUCUCACCACCAGCAGUAAGGCCCAUUUCUGAUCCAAUUUUGGAGACAAAACAGGUGGAGGUUGAAACUAAGGAAGAAGCUGGUCUUGAAGGGGCGAAAGUUAUUAAUGAAAUUGUUGGUGUUAAACCAGAGAACAUUGGUUCAAACUGGAAUUUGGGAAGCAGUGGUGAUAGUCAUGUGCUUAAGCCACCACCUCAAAAGGUUGAAAAUGAGAAGACGUUUAAUAUUUUGAUAAGGGGGAGAAGAAACCGGAAGCAGACUUUGAGAAUGCCGAUUAGUUUGUUGAACAAACCGUAUAAUUCGCAGUCUUUUAAAGUUGUGUAUAGCCGAGUGAUCAGAGGAAGUGAAGGUUCGAAGUCUACUAGUUUUUCUUCUGAAGGAAAUGGGGCAACUACUGCUGCUUAACUGAAGUGCGGUUUAUAAUUUUGACCUGAUAUCAUUAGCUUUGGAUCAUGCAUGCAGUUUUUACAUGGAUCUCCAAACAUUCGUUCAAGAGAAUUUACAGGUUCCAAACCAGAGGGUUAACAGGAUUUCCAAGAUGUUGAAUAUUGGCAAGAACACAGGUUUUUUUUGGAUUCUUGAUUCAUAUCCUUACAAGACUGAAUUGGUUAUAGUUGGUGAUAUUUUAAUUGGAUUUAAUUGUAUAUGGGACCAUUUUUGUUGAAACUGAGAUUUGAUUUAUGGACACAAGUGCAUAAUAAAUUUCUUGGUGAACCAACCAUGCAGAAGUGCUGCUGAUGAUACUAAUAAUAGAAGCAGUUUCUAGUAAUUCAUGUUAUGAUUUUUGAGUU